CUGCUUUGCCGCUCGCAGUAUCCUAUUCGUUCUCCUUCGCGUUUUGCCUUCUGUGUCCUAGGGUACGAGUCGUUUCCUUCACUCCCUCUUAACUUCUGUAUCAUACCGCUCUGUCUGUACCUACCUGCCUCUUCCCCCCUCCUCUUCCUCUUCCUCUUCCUCUUCCCCCUCCCCUUCCCCUUCCCCUUCCCCUUCCUCUCUUCGUCUUCAUCUUCCUCCUCCUCUGUACUCGCGCUUUCCCUGUGAAUCAGAGGGGAAAAGGAAAAAGGAAAGAGGGAAAAAAGAAAAGGAAAAAAAAAAAAAGUGUAUCUUCUCUGCAUUUCCUCCGCGUCUUACUUUCCCACCUUUCCCUCACUCUCACUUUCUCGUUCCCCCCCCUUCUUACUCAGUUUGCUUGUCGUCUCUGCCCAAGGUCAAAUUUGCUAACUCUGCUUCUCUUUCUGGAACCAGUCCGCGUCAACUCUCGCCUCCCCACACCUCCCCCUUUGACCCUGGGAAGACUCUCGUUAGCCCUUCCCAACCCACUACCUCUCUCCUGGCUUAGCACACACUUCGCACAAAUAAUUGGUAGCGCCUGCUGUCCCCCACCGCCAACCAGUCCAGUCGGCCAGCUAAGCUACCUACCCUUCCACAACCUGCAGCAGUAAACAUUCCUCUGCCCAACAACUACCUUCAACACUGCCGAUUCUGGUUGGUCCACGCACACUUCAGCCCAGUGUGUUCGUUUUCGUUUUUCUGCGCAGCCUUCCCUCCCUCCUACACUUCAUACGAUCGAACCAAUUUUUCUUCUUCCUCCCUUUCUCCCUUCUCCUCCCUUAGAUCCCACAUUCAACCUAACCUUUUAGACAAUCAUCCCCUUCGCAUUGCCACAUCACGAAACCCGCAGCCUUACACUUUCCCUCGCCCGCACCUAGUCCUCGUCCUCCUACCUCGAGGCCGUAUACGCUUUGUGGUGUAUGGAGCUCAACGAGAUCCCCGUGGAAACUCUUCAAGCACACGUACAAGCACUAAAGAGCAUUCUCCGGAGGGUGGAAACCUCGCCGUUUGACCGGAACAAACGCGGCGGGCUUCUGAACGAGAUCAUCUCGGUCGAGUCCCUAAUAUCACAGGCACUACCAUCACGACAGCAUCAGGAGGAGCCCAACGCUAUGUCAACCAACAAUAAUAAUCCUAACAUGUCGUUGGCAACGGCCCCUGGUUGGACUUUUACCACACUCGGAGCUCCGCGCGGCGGUGAUAGCAGUAGCAGUAGCGGUAGCGGUGUUAAUACCGGCGGCAGUAGCACCGUCCCGAUAAAGCGCCCUCGGGACGAUUUCGAUCAUUUCCUCCAAGAUUCACCAGUGACAAAAUCCCGAUGCACGACUCCUAGUCCUCUUUCGUCGCUGCCGGCCAUGGACUAUGCUGAUGAUGGACACGGUCUGUUGAGUCAGGAUGCCGGGAUAAGGUUUGUCACUUUUCUUUAAUUUUUAUGAUCCUCUUUCCUCUGCUAUUUUUGUUUGGUGGGAAAAAGGUGAAAAAAAAACAAAAACAAAAACAAGUAGUUUCUCACAGUUUUGAGAACGUUUUGGUUAUUUUUUUCUCCCCUCGACUUUAUUUUUCUUGGUGGUGUUUCCAGAAGUUUUGGCAGAGGCGAGAGGGGGCUUUCAUGCUCCUCUCUGCUGUAGCCUUGUCUAUUAAUAUCCUUCUCCCUUGUUAUGCGAACCUUCUGGCAGUUUUCUUUUCUUUUCUUUUCUUUUUUGCUUUUUUUUUUCUUUUUCUUCUUUCCUUUUCCCGUCUCCUUCCAUUGUGUGCUACCUGAGGCAUGAUUCUGACAUUAAAAUAGCGACGGAGAGCCGGCCCGUAGUCUGCGUACUGAGUUGAAUGGUCCGAGAGUCGGUAAUGGUAUGAGCUUCAAUAACGGUGGUGGAAGCUCGGAUCGGAGUCUACUGCCUAGUAUAAACUCCUCCGGGCUUCCGGGAAUGCGCCAGUUUAAUCCCGAUGCGAAUUAUUCUGGUGGAAAUCUACAUCCGAGGUGGGUUUUUCAGAGCAUGGGGGCCGCUGUAUUUCUAAUGUGAUUAGUAAUAGGCGUCACGAAGAGUAUCCUAGGCCGACGCUUCGACACGCUGGUUCUAGUAAUGGUGCCAGUAGUAGUAGUAGUAGCUAUCUUGCCGGAUAUGAUGACGACGGAUAUGUCUAUCCGGAUUCGGGUUAUUUGGAUGGGACCAUGUCUUUGGGUUCCGGAUUUGGGACUUUACCAAGACCCCCGGUGAGCAUGUUUUCUUUACAGCCACACCUACACCAGUACGAUCCCACCCCCCGGAAUGCGUCCCAUACUUUAGCUCCCCUACGGUUCCCUGUUCCUACGAACAACGCUAUCGGGCCCGUUCCUGCGAGCGAAAUUAUCGACCUCCUGGACUCUGAUGAUGAGGGAUCUGAGGCAGCUGCUAGUCAAUCAAGUCUGGGCUCGGUGUUGCCGGGACAGGAUUCCCGUGAUAGCUCUAUGCGACCUUUCGACUUUUCAAACUACGACAACCUGGCCGGAACCGAUGGAUGGAGUAAUAAUAAUAGCAACAACAAUACAAACUUCGAUGAUUCCAUGAUUGUUCCGAACAACGGUAGCAAUCAAAUGUCACAGAUACCCGAUCCCGCAACCGCUUCGAACGACGAUGGCGGCCAAAUGUCCCAGGCAUUUGAUUCCAGUGCUUACGGUUCUAUCGUCGACCGGGAUGGCAAUCCGCUGAACGAUGGCUGGCCCAGCACCUAUCGCGCCGAGAUCGGGAAUUACAUCAACCACAUCCGUAACGACCCCACCAAGACCUCGGAACAACUGAAGACAUUGAUGGCGAAUAUUCGGCCGGAUAUGGAGAUUCCUCCGGAGAAUAGGGAGGGGACGCCAGACGAUAUGACCUACCCCCUCAUGGAACAUCAGAAGCUAGGCUUGGCGUGGUUGAAGAGUAUGGAGGAUGGGUCCAACAAGGGGGGCAUUCUUGCGGAUGAUAUGGGCCUAGGAAAGACUAUUCAGGCUCUUGCGCUCAUUGUCUCGAGAAAGUCGAAGGAUCCAAGCAGGAAGACCACUCUUAUCGUUGCGCCGAUCGCUCUCCUAAAGCAAUGGGAACGGGAGAUAGAAAAGAAACUCAAGGCGCCGCACCGUUUGAAGGUCAUCAUCCACCACGGGAAUCAGAAGAGGUGUAAGAACUUUGCGGGCUUGAAGGAUUAUGAUGGUGUGUUUUCUUGUUUUCCCGUCUGUUGUUGGAAGUUUCUAGAAGAAGCUCAGAAAGCUUCAUCCAUUAGUUGACUGACUUGACUGACCUUGUGAGUGGUUAGUUGUCCUUACUACCUUUGGGACUAUCGGAACCGAGUACAAAAAGAAGCAGGCUUUGUUAGAGAGUGAGGAUCAGGAGGCCAUCAAGAAGGCUAAUUUCUUCUUCGUCGGAGAUCAGUGCGAGUGGUAUAGGGUUAUCAUUGACGAAGCACAGUGUAUCAAGAACAAGGAUACUCAGUCUGCUAAGGGUUGCUGCGCACUAAAGGCUAAGUUCAGGCUUUGUUUGUCGGGCACGCCUAUGCAGAACAGCUGCGAUGAGUGAGUGCGCCCUGAUUUCUACGCAGUGGUGGGCUGUGUUGUGUGGCUGACAAGGAGAUGGGUUUUCAGGAUGUUUUCGCUCUUGCGCUUUUUGAGGAUUGAGCCCUACAGUUCCUGGCCUGAGUUUUCGAGUGUAUGUUUUUUUUUGUUGCCCUCCUAGCAGUUACCUAUCAUUUGCUGACGAAUUGUAGACGUUCUCUCGCCCACUCAAGAGUAAGAGUGAACGUGCGGUUAGUAGUGCGCUACUUAAGCUUCAGGCACUUAUGAAGGCUGUACUACUACGACGGACCAAGGAUUCGACUAUUGAUGGGAAACCCAUACUUACCCUUCCCGAUAAGAAUAUUGAGAUGGUUUAUGCUGUUUUGUCACCCGACGAGCAGCAGUUUUAUCAGGCUCUCCAGGACAAGUCCAAAAUUUUAUAUAACAAGUACCUCAGGGCGGGAACUGUCGGGAGGAACUAUAGCAAUAUCCUGGUCCUCCUGCUUCGCCUAAGACAAGCGUGUUGCCAUCCACAUCUCAUCCGCGACAUUGAGAUGGCAGAUGCUAAGAAGCCGUUUGACGAGCAGAUGAUUGAACUGGCCAAGACCCUUUCGCCCGAGGCUGUUGCUCGGCUCAAGGAUCCUGAAGCUUUCGAGUGUCCCAUUUGCUUGGACGCUGCGGAUAAUCCAUCUAUCGUCAUCCCCUGCGGUCACCAGUUCUGUUCCGAAUGUCUGCUGCAGCUGAAUACUCAGCACGCCGCAGCCGCAAUCGCUUCUGGGAACGAGGAAGGCGGGGCUAGGUGCCCUGGAUGUCGUGGAGCCUACCAACCGAAUAAGGUUAUCGAUCUCAGAACCUUCCAGAAAGUCCAUAUGUCCGAGGGGGAGGAAGCCGCGCCCGAGGAACCCAAAGAGGAGUACGAUGAUAAUCUCAUUUAUGACACGGAUUCUUCCGAGGAUAGUGAUUAUGAUGACGACGACACUGGGAGUGAUUUGGAGGGCUUUAUCGUCAAUGAUGAGGAAGAAGAGGUAGAUAGUGAAGAGCAGGGCGAGGGCAGUGCAGCUGGAAGUGCUUCCGAGGAUGGGUGCCAGGCAUCUGCGCGAAAACCUGCUGCGCCAAAGAAGAAGAAGGAUGUUAAGGGGAAGGGGAAGGCAAAGGAGAAGAGCCGUCCAAGGACUUUGGCCGAAGUGCGCAAGGAUGCUAUGCGCAAUGCUAAGAGCAAGAGGCAAUGUACGUUUCCUCCCAUCUUUUGCCUGUUAGUGGUAGCACGUGACUGACGUGUUUGGGCGAAUAGAUAUGAAGCAUCUUCAAAAACGCUGGAUUAGCAGUGCCAAAGUCGACAAGUGCAUGGAAAUCCUCCAGACCAUCCGCAAUAAUGAUGAUGGGGUCGAGAAGACGAUUGUAUUUUCUCAGUUCACCUCCCUUCUAGACUUGAUCGAGAUCCCGAUCCACCAAAAGGGCUGGACCUAUCGCCGCUACGACGGAGGCAUGACUUCUACCGCGCGCAACGAAGCCCUCACCGAAUUCACCGAUGACCCAAACGUGAACAUCAUUCUCGUUAGUCUCAAGGCGGGCAACUCGGGUCUCAAUCUCGUUGCCGCUUCCCAGGUUGUUAUUCUCGACCCAUUUUACAACCCCUUCAUCGAGAAACAAGCCAUUGAUCGUGCUCACCGGAUUGGACAACAACGCAAGGUGCAAGUCCAUAGGCUUAUCGUCGCCGGUACGGUCGAAGAUAGAGUUCUUGCACUACAGGAGGAGAAGAGGAAGUUGAUUGAAGGAGCGCUUGAUGAGAAGGCAUCAAAGGGCAUUGGAAGGCUUAGCACUAAGGACCUUGGAUUCCUUUUCGUGAGUAACCUCCCGGGUAGAGUUGGGUGUGUGUGUGGGAGGAGGGCUGAUUGA